UGAACUUCCGGAGAGUUUUACCACAACAGAAGAAGAGGAAGAACAACAACAGCUGAACAGAGAACCAGGAGAAGAACCAGAGAACCAGGAAAAGAACUAGAGAACCAGAAGAAGAACCAGAACCAGAACCAGAACCAGGACUAGAACCGGGAUCUGAGCGUCUUUGAAGUACCAGAUGGAGGACAGUGGGGGGAUGAAACAGGAAGAGGACGAGGUGGUGAGGACCGCCAUGACAGAGCCCAGCACCUUGCAAUGGCCCGCAUACAGAGAGACAGGUGGUCAGACAGGUAGAAAGACAGGUAAACAGUCAGGGAAUGUGGACAGGAUGAGUGUGAGGUCAGAAAUGUCUCUCCGUGAGGCGUCCAGUUGGACAGAAAGUGAGAGAGAGCUGAAGGCAGAGAGCAGAGGGGGAGGUGAAGAGGCGGGGCUGAAGACACACCUGGAGGAGGAGCCUGAAGAGAAUCACCUGCCAGAGAAAGCAGCCCAGGUGUUUAGUCCUGCAGUAACUGUCCUCCCGUCCCCAUCCUCACCCAGAGAAAAUGACCCAUUCUGGGAAAUGGAGUCAGAGAAGAGUCCCUUCCUGGGUCCGCAAGCGCCCCAGGACUACAAUCAGCAUGGCUACCAGUAUGAGUGGGCCGAGGACACGCCCCCUGCCAAAUGUGGACGGGGCUGUCCAAGCAGGGACAUCUUAAAAGUGGGUGUGUCCUUGAUGACAUCAGCGCUCUUCUUCCCAUUCCUGGUAUGGGGGGGGUUUGUCUUCCUGCCAUUUGACGCUCCCUUGAUGGACGGCGCCGCCCUCAGACUCAUCUACACACUGCGCUGCUCUGUGUUCGCCGCCGCCCCCAUCGUAUUCGGCUGGAUGGUCCUGGGUGUUAGUCGGCUCAGGACAGGUGUGAUUCGGCCUCUGUUUGAUGAUGAGGUGAAGGAGGCGGAGCUUCAACAGGUCGCUGUCCAUCGGCGAUUUGUGUCUGACUCUGCCUCCCUGUUCCUGAUCUACUUCCUGCAGCUGGUCGUCAUGGCGAUGUACCUGAGCCAGGAGCAGCUGAAGCUUGUCCCGCUGCUGACUAUCAUCUUUGCCUUUGGACGGUUGGUUUACUGGGUUGCAGCAGCAUUCGGCAGCAGCAUUCGUGGUUUUGGGUUCGGGCUCUCCUUCCUGCCGAGCGUUGCCAUGAUGGCAGCAAACUUCUACUUCAUCUUCACGGUGGAGGCGUCGUCCUCCAUCUUCAGCGAGCCACCUGGAGAGCUGCAGGCUCCGCCCCCUGGCAGACAGAGGUUCUGGGGAUGACAGCUCAUCAGUAAUCAAUGACUGGGGAUCCUAAAGGAUGAGAACUGAUUAGUGUUCAAUAACUUUGUAACAUUUGAUCACAGACUUUCUUAUGGUUUAGUUUUUGAUUGACCUUCUGUUCAUUUUAUUUUGUAAAUUCAGUUUUAUAAUCAAUGCUAUUUAUAAUCAAUAAAUAAAAAUAAAAAAACCCUUUGUA